CGUAAUCACAACUGCGUCUGGAAUUUAAUGUACAUUUAUGAUAUGCAUAUGCUACUUAUUUCCGUUUUCACAGAUUAAACGGAGCAUCCUGUAAAAAAGGGUUAGGGUUUAUAAUAUGCAAUGUACAACUUUGCAAUUGUGUAGCUAUAACGUUGUAAUUUGCAAUGUCAAGUUUGUGAAGAUCUGUCAUGUCUGUAUGUCCAUCCAUCCAUCCAUUUAUUUUUAUUUUUAUUUUUGUUCGUUCUAUUAAAUUAAAAUUAACUUUAAUUAUUUUUUCAUUUAGUUAUAAUGAAAAUAAUACAGAUCAAGACGUUUUAUUGUGUCACUUUAAUUCUUUUUUUCAUAAUUUUAGGUGUAGAUAUUUGCCAGAAUUUCUCUAUUUUUGACACUGACUUCUUAAUUACAUCUAUAAAUUGAAAAAAAAAAAAAAAAAAAAAAACUUUUUCAUAUUUCAUAAUUUAGUAUCCGUGUUUUCAAUUUGUAUUUCUACCAAAAAAUGCUCUCGCCAAAACUGCUGUCGUUGCGCACAAAUAAAACGGUUUUAAGUUUAAUUUUUCAAGACAUAAAGUGUAGGCAAAAGUUCCCCUAUAAUUAUGAAUAACUGAAAAUGCAACUAGAUAAACGCACGUAAGAAUUCCAUUGUGCUUGCACACAGGGCAAUAAAGUGCUUUACUCAUGCAGACGCACAGAGGGAAUGGUAAAUGACUGAACCCCCUUCCUAUUGAAUACAGGCAGAGCAGCAGAAAGAGAGAAGGGCUGAGCUGCGACACUCAGUCACAGAGAGGCAGAGGUGUGAAUGAGUUAGGCAGAAGAAGAAAGAGAGACUUGGAAAGUAAUAGCAGGUUUUCUGUUUCAUAUUGGUUGAAAGUGGGAAAGAGAUUACAACAUAUCCGGGAGAGAGAAAAGAAAGGGAGAGUACCCUAUAAUUUCUUUUUUAGACGGGUUUGCCAUACUUCUCCACCCGAGUAAAGCAGUCUCUCUGAGUGCAGUUUCAGGGACACUGAGGACCAGGGGUUGCAAUGAUAAGGAUUUUGGUAACGUGCGUCUCCAUGGUGUCCAUCACCGCGAUGGUGGCUGGUGCUCGUGGUGGAUACGGAAUGAGUAUGUUCGCGGCUCAGUCCUCCCCUCCGGACCCGUGCUACGACGAGAACGGCAACCCCAGACGCUGCAUCCCCGACUUUGUGAACUCCGCGUUCGGAAAGGACGUGCGCGUCUCCAGCACCUGCGGCACUCCGGCGACGCGGUACUGCGUGGUGACCGAGAAGGGCGAGGAAAGAUCGAGGGACUGCAACAUCUGCGACGCCACGGACCCCAAGAAGACCCAUCCACCUGCGUAUCUGACAGACCUCAACAACCCUCACAACCUCACCUGUUGGCAGUCGGAAAACUACGUGCAGUACCCCCAGAAUGUGACUCUGACACUGUCCCUGGGGAAGAAGUUCGAGGUGACCUAUGUGAGUCUCCAGUUCUGCUCUCCUCGUCCCGAAUCCAUGGCCAUCUUCAAGUCCAUGGAUUAUGGGAAAACCUGGGUGCCCUUUCAGUUCUACUCAACCCAGUGCAAGAAAAUGUACAACAAGCAGAGCAAAGCUGCGAUCACCAAGCAGAACGAGCAGGAAGCGAUCUGCACGGACUCUCACACGGACAUGCAGCCGUUAACAGGUGGGCUCAUCGCCUUCAGCACGCUGGAUGGCAGACCUUCCGCGCAUGACUUCGACAACUCUCCCGUCCUGCAGGACUGGGUCACGGCCACCGAUAUCAAAGUGACCUUCAACCGGCUGCACACGUUCGGGGACGAGAAUGAGGAUGACUCGGAGCUCGCCAGGGACUCGUAUUUUUACGCGGUGUCUGACCUGCAGGUCGGCGGUCGGUGUAAGUGUAACGGGCACGCGUCAAAGUGCGUAAAGGACCGGGAAGGGAACCUAGUGUGUGAGUGCAAGCACAACACGGCGGGACCGGAGUGUGACAGGUGUAAGCCGUUCCACUACGACCGGCCGUGGCAACGCGCGACGGCCAGAGAGGCGAACGAAUGUGUCGCCUGUCACUGUAAUCUUCAUGCCCGCCGCUGCCGCUUCAACAUGGAGCUGUAUAAGCUGUCGGGCCGCAGAAGUGGAGGAGUCUGUCUCAACUGCAGACACAACACAGCCGGACGACACUGCCACUACUGUAAAGAGGGCUACUACAGAGACAUGACCAAGGCCAUCUCACACAGACGAUCAUGCAAAGCCUGUGAUUGUCAUCCGGUUGGUGCGGCUGGUAAGACCUGUAACCAGACGACUGGACAGUGUCCAUGCAAAGAUGGCGUGACUGGCAUUACCUGCAACCGCUGUGCUAAAGGAUACCAGCAAAGCAGAUCACCUAUCGCCCCUUGUAUCAAAAUUCCUGUUGCUGCACCCACAGCCACCUACAGCAGUUCAGAAGAGCCCACAGACUGUGACUCCCACUGUAAGAGCCCCAAGGGCAAGAUGAAGGUCACCAUGAAAAAAUACUGCAAAAAAGAUUUCGCUGUCCAGGUUCACGUACUAAAAGGAGACAAAGCGAGCGAAUGGUGGAAAUUCACUAUCAACAUCAUAUCCGUCUAUAAGCAGGGCGGACACCGCAUUCGCAGAGGAGACCAGCUCCUGUGGGUCCGCGCUAAAGAUGUGGCCUGCAAGUGCCACAAAAUUAAACCCGGAAGGAAGUACCUGCUCAUGGGCUCUGACGACGACGACUCCCGCGGUCAGAGCGGCGUGGUGGCGGACAAGGGCAGCCUGCUCAUCCCGUGGAAGGACCUGUGGGCCCGUCGGCUUCGAAAAUUCCAGCAGCGUGACAAGAGGGGCAAGUGCUAGAGGGGAAACACAGAGAGAUUGAAGAACAGGAGAGAAGGAAAGACAAAAUAAUGACCCGAGCACCUACAAGUCGGAGCAGGUUGAUUGACGAUUGAUCAGAACUGUGGUGAAGGACAACCACUUGUGCAGUUUUGCCUUCUGUCGUUUAGCGUUUUUUUUUUUUUUUUUUUGGUUCCCAUCAAGAUUUUAUUUUUUCAUAUCUUCAAUUUUGCAGAAUUUGCACCUACUAUUAAGUAUACAUAUAUGUAAAGUCGUUUAUGUGUGAUCCUUUCUGGUGUCUCUUUAUGAUUUCUGUCUUUUUCCACAAAAAGAAACAAGCUACUGAGUCAAUUUAUCUACAUGAACAUUUCACUUCAGAAGAAGUGUGUUGGCGGUUGACAUUUCAAAGCAGGGCCGUAACCACCAUAGACAUUGAGGGGGACAGGUCCCCCCCAGUAAUUAGAAAAGACCAAAUUGUCCCCUCCCCCUAAUAUUUACUAUUCUUGAUGCUGUUCUGCUGUACUCCAUUACGCACCCCUCUGUUUGUUGUUAGGAUGACAAAAAAGUUUUAAAAGUUACAUUUUUAGGCUGGACUGCCUUAGUGGCCUAGCACCGCUCAUCACUGUCAGAAUGAGUGAGCUGGCCAAUCAAAUCAAAGAAGGAGGGGCUUAUGGUUUGCAGAAGACGAGUGCGAAUUCCAAUGUGACGCUUUCAUUUUAGCAAUGAAAGAGUACGUGGCGAGUAAGUAGCUAAACAUUUAAUAUUUGACAACUGUUUUAUGAUUUAAAUAUUCAGUGACCGACAGUAAUAUCCAGUGAUGCAAACUACUCAACAUUUUUAUGAAAUUGCGCCGUUUUGUCCCCCCUAAAAAAAGGUCCCCUCCCAAUGUUCAAGACAUGGUUACGGCCUUGUUUCAAAGUACAUACAGUGGGGUCUAAAAGUCUGAGGGCACAUUGAAUAUCUGGAUUUAAAACCUGGAAUUAAACAUGGUUGAAGAAAUGUAAAACAAAAAAGAAUUUAAAUGACAAAAUAUUUAUGAAUCUGCAAAUUUAUUAUUAACAAUUAUUUGACCUGCGGUGCACAUUUGACUCAUUAGGACGAUGUCGCGAUCCCAUUCCCCCUUUUUCGUGGAAAAAUAAAAUAAGUGCAAAAUAAAAGCAGUUUCAUUAGCGCCCUCAGACGUUUGGGCCCCACAUUAAAUUAGAUAUAACAUCCUUUACAUUCCUUCCUUUCGGAUAGAAAAUCUGUUGACAAUACCUCACUGUUGAUGUUCAGAAGAAUUGUGAUUGGUUCAAAAUUGCAUGACAUCAUCAUGAUUAUUUGGUGCCAAAAGCUAUGCUGAUACUUUUGGCCUUUGAUACUUUGAUAACUGUGGUGAUCUUUAAAGUGUGAAGUCUACCUUCUGUUCCAUAACUAGUUGUAGUAUGAGUUUAGUUAUACAAAUAGACUAUUAUUUUUUAACCACUUUAUGAUUUUUGAUUUGCAAAAAGAAGCGUAUUUUCAUUAUGAACAAGUUCCCUCUUCACUGUUAAAAAAAUGUAGGUCACAAUUAUAAGCAGAAUCCUAUUAUAUUAUACAGAAGAAAUGUGAGAUUUCCCACAUAUUGAUCAUGCAAUAAUCACGAAAUUCCCCAGAAGUAGAUUUCUCAUCAUUAAGAGAUAUCAGAGAAGCUUAAUGUCCUUCAGCUAGAGUUUGAUGAAAUUUUAAUGUUCUAGAUACUAAAUCAUUGCUAAGGUUUAGUGAUCAAGAAUACAACUAAACAAUGACCACAAGCCUGAAUGGUCUUCAUGGCUGACCAGUGUAUGCAAACGUAAGGUUACAUCCUACCAAAAUAAAUCUGAUAAAAUGGCUCUUAUUAUUAAGGGAAACAAAUAAUUUUCUGUGUUAUCACUGAUGUGGUACCUUUCUUUGCUCUGGUACUUUACUAAGGUGAUAUGCUCUACUGUUUUUUGUAUAGUUGUAUAGUUUUUUUUGUACAAUAUUUAGUAGAUUAUAUUCACAUGCAAUUAACCGUUUUUUUAUGCCAUGAAUAUUCUGAAAAUAAAAAAGGAAUUUUAGAUUUUCUUUGUUUACAUUAGUUGAUAGUGUAGAGAGAGGGUUGUACUAUGUCUAUGUGACAUGAAAAUGCGCGCACACAAACACACACACACACACACACACACACACACACACACACACUUUUACAUUCAGUCACUGUCCAGCUCUGAAUCUCUGACAGUGAUUACGAACUGAAAGUCAGUGACCAUGGUUUAUUAAACUCACAGAUGGUCUAGUUCUUUGGAGACACCCUGACCUCACAAGUAGACUUUGACCAGUUUUCCAGACAUUUUGGAAAAUGACUCUAAACAUAUAUUCUUUUUCUUUUUCUUUUUUUUUGAUGAAGACAUUUACAAUGUUCAUGGUCCUCCUGUAUAUGAUGUUUUACUGUGUACUUUGCAAAAGCUGUGUAUUGUCCCGUAAUGCAUACUAAUAUAUUAUGAUCCUCAUAAAUGAACAUAUUUAAUGAUACAUGAACUCA